ACGGCGAAGUAUGUAAUAAACUGGCUCAGCGAAAACCCUAGGGUUUUAGAAGGAGCUGCUUUUUGUAACCAAUAUUUUCUCCAUCAGGAAGAAAUGGGGUUCUGGGGAAUUGAAAUCAAACCUGGAAAACCGCACCCUUAUCAUUCGGACAAUGUGCGGGGAAAGCUUCACAUUACACAGGCAACUUUAGGCCUUGGAUCGUCCACAGAGAGGGCUGUACUUCAGUGUUCUGUCAGACACAAGAGUCCGAUUAUCUUGUGUUCCUUGUUACCAAAUCAGAAUGAGACUUGCUCCUUAGAUCUUAAAUUUGAUGAAGAUGAUAAUUUAAUUGCUUUCUCAGUAAUUGGCCCUCGAAGCAUCCACCUCUCUGGUUACUUUGUUGCUGAAGAUGGUGAUCACCUACGAGAUGAAUAUGAAUCUGAUUCUUAUGGGGAGGAUAUUGCUGAGACUGAGUCAGAAGAUGAGUCCUCUGAUUAUGAUUCUGAAGAUGAGUAUGAAGAUGACUUCAUAGAUGAUGAUGAUCUUGAGUUCUUCCCACCUUCACCUGUCCCAAAUAGCGGAGUUGUAAUUGAGGAGAUAGUGGAUGAUGAGAAACCUACAAAUGGAAAUGUGGAAUCUAAACGAUUCAAGAAAAAGAAUCAAUUAACUGGCUCUGAGGACAAAAAUGACUCCCAGCGUCAACUUGUUGUCAAGAGAGGUGCUGGUGUGACGGUUUUGGAAAGUGAAGAUGAAGAUGGCUUUCCGGUUUCUGCUUCAUGUAAAACCGAAGAUGCUAUUCAACAGCCUCAGCCAGAAGCUGAGAAACAGAGAGAAGAAUUAACUACUGAAGAAGGCAAGAAGACAACAAAAGAUGGUAGAGAAAAGAAAAGAAAAAUCAAAAGCACUGAUGAAGAUGGUCAACAAGAAAGGAAAAAGAAGAAGAAGAAGAAGAAGCAAAAAGAAAAGGGUACAGAUAACAUCAAUGGUUUCCUGUAUGAUGAAGUUCAGCCUGUGAAGGAAGAGAGCCUGGAUCCAGAGCAGGUUUUGCCUGUUGGAAAGAAACAUGAUCAGCCAUCCAGUGAUAGGGUCCUUGGUUCAGAAGCAGACAAUAUACCUGGCGGGAAGCUCUCUGAGAAGAAGAAGAAAAAGAAAAAAAAGAGUAAGACUUCGCAGGAGAAUCAAGAGGGUGCAAAUGCAUCAGUUUCACAAAGUGGAGACAAGGAUACUUCCACUUUGAAGUCUGAAGAGAAGCAAACUGCUGCCAAAUCUUCUCAAGUGAGAACCUUUCCUAAUGGAUUGGUCGUCCAGGAGUUAGCAAUGGGCAAACCAGAUGGUAAAAGAGCAUCUCGUGGGAAGCAGGUUAGUGUCCACUAUAUUGGGAAGCUCAAGCAGAAUGGCAAAAUAUUUGAUUCCAAUGUGGGAAGGGCCCCCUUUAAGUUUCGCCUAGGUGUAGGAGAAGUCAUUAAAGGAUGGGAUGUUGGGGUUGAAGGCAUGCGCAUUGGAGAUAAAAGAAAACUCAUAAUUCCACCAUCAAUGGGUUAUGGUUCUAAGGGUGCUGGCGGCAGGAUACCUCCAAAUUCAUGGCUUGAGUUUGAUGUGGAGUUGGUUGGAGUCCGCUAAUGCCUGUUAUUUUUCUUACCUCUCAAGCUAUGAAAAAGUUUUUCACUGCUUGAGUGAUCAUGAACCUGAAAAGAAACAAUGAUAAUCAAUCUUAAUUAUCUUGCAAAUUUACAAGUUCAUCCGAUAGUCUGUCUGAAUUUUGAGUUUGUAUGAGUAUGAGGGAAGCCGUGAUGACGAGUUUUUGCUGAAAGCGUCAUCUGUUUCUGCUGAAUGAAAUGAAAAUAGGUAAUUUUGUGUGGGAAGUUGAACUUCCAUUGCCAAAUCAACCAUGAAAAGGACGUAUUCGUGUUUUACGUACUGAGGGUAAUGCUGUAUGAAGUUUUUAGUUAAAAAAAAAAAUCGUCAUUUUUCCGGAAAAAUUAAUUAUGCAAAGUACAAAGAGGCAAAGAUUCCAAACAU